AUGGAUGAAGAGUACGAUGUCAUUGUUCUUGGUACUGGGCUGACCGAAUGUAUUCUGUCCGGCCUCCUGUCUGUUGAGGGCAAGAAGGUUUUGCACAUGGAUAGGAACGACUACUACGGUGGAGACAGUGCCAGCUUGAACCUGACUCAGCUCUACCGCAAGUUCAGGCCAGAGCUGGCGCCACCCCCUGAGCUUGGUCGAGACCGCGACUACGCUGUCGAUCUUAUUCCCAAGUUCAUUAUUGCGUCCGGGGAACUUACGCGGAUCUUGGUACACACUGAUGUCACUCGAUACCUCGAAUUCAAGCAGAUCUCAGGCAGUUAUGUGUAUCGCGACGGCAAGAUUUCGAAGGUGCCCAGUACAGAGAUGGAGGCGGUCAGGAGUCCUCUGAUGGGCUUGUUCGAGAAACGUAGGGCGAAGAAAUUCUUUGAGUUCUUGCAGGGGUGGAAGGAUGAGGAUCCAGCUACACAUCAGGGUAUCAAUCUAGACAAGGAUACCAUGAAGACUGUCUACGAGAAGUUUGGCCUGGAGCCUGGCACUCAAGACUUCAUCGGUCACGCAAUGGCACUGUACUUAGAUGACGACUACAAGACCAAACCUGCCCGACCGGCGUAUGAACGGAUCGUUCUUUACACCUCCUCCAUGGCGCGGUACGGCAAGUCUCCUUACAUCUACCCCUUGUAUGGUCUUGGAGAACUACCGCAAUCAUUUGCGCGUCUGAGUGCCAUCUAUGGUGGUACAUAUAUGCUUGAUAAGCCCAUCGACGAGAUUGUCACCGAUGCAAAUGGCAAGUUUGUUGGAGUGCGGAGCGGUGGCGAGACGGUGAAGGCCAAACAAGUCAUUGGUGAUCCCAGCUACUUCGGCGCAGGUCAAUCGGGUGAGGCGGGUCAAAUUCGAGUCAUAGAGGAGGGUAAGGUUGUUCGGGCAAUUUGUUUCCUCAAACAUCCUAUUCCUGGCACGGAUGAUGCGGAUAGUGCCCAAAUUAUAAUUCCCCAGAAUCAAGUUGGCAGACGAAAUGACAUUUAUAUCGCCGUGGUCUCCUCAACGCAUAAUGUAUGCGCUAAGGACGUCUACGUUGCCAUUGUCAGCACUAUCGUGGAGACGGAUAAGCCAGAGCAGGAAAUUGCCCCCGGAUUGCAGCUUCUGGGCCCAAUUUACGAUAAGUUUGUGUCGGUCUCGUCCCUUUACACACCUACGUCCACCGGCGAGGCCGACCAGAUUUUCAUCACGCGCUCGUACGAUGCAACCUCCCACUUCGAAACUGUCGUUGAAGAUGUUCACAAUGUUUGGAAGCGAGUCGUUGGCAAGGACCUCGUACUCAAAAAGCGCGAAGUCGAGGUUGAAGCAUAG